AGUGAUUGGGAAGAAAGUUGAUAGGAUACAGAAGGUGGCACUGCGAGCAAAGAAACCAGAAGAAAUGGAGAAAGUGAAAUCCAAAGCUGUUUCUAAGUCCCAUGAUGAAGCCAAAGUGACCUCCACAAAACAAAGAAAACCUGAGACGGGGUCAAUCAUUGCAAAAAGCUAUAUUUCCCAGCAAAAAUCCACCUCCUCAAGCGGCAAUUCAAAACAUACAACACCAGCCAUAUCGUGUAAUCGUGGUGAUCGGGAAAAGAAUCUGAAUAAUGAGAAGCCAAGCAAGGAGCCCUUGGCAGCUAAUUCUGUUGUUGAAAAUGUGGGAUGCAAGUAUGGUGACAAGUCAAUUGACCUUAGUUGUGAAAAUGAAUCCGAUAUGACAAGAACUGGCACUACAACUGCAGAUCAACUCCUUCCUAAAGAAAGGACGGAUUCCUCUGAAUUUCAGAGUAAAGACCAGUAUGAUAGCCACCAGAGUUCUGUCUGCAAUGUUAUACCACAGACUACCCAACAAGAAAACCUCACCAAAUCAUCUGAAGAAGCUAACCAGUGCCAGUCUCCAUUGUUUCUCCAUUUGAGCUUUAAUAUAAAUGCUACCAAAAAAGUUCUAAUUCAUUCUAUCUCAAGAGAAUUGUUUGAUGGGCGAGGAUUUGUGGGUUGA